AUGGAUGAUGAGGCUGAUACGGAUGGCUCGUCCGUUGAACUCACUAGUAAUGAAGAUUGGAUGUCCCUCAAUUCCAUUGUAAAGACACCUUUUUUCAAUGAAUCCGAUCUUUCGUACAGCCUUCACACUGGAACUCUGCCUCAGUUACAAGUCGAUAAAAAUGUUUACGCCCCACAUUCUCGAAUUCUCUGUUCCCAAUCACCGACUCCUAAAUUUAGUUCCGAAACAUUCCAGAAAAAGUACAUCUGA